CUUCCUAAAACAUGCUUUCUCUCUCUCUCACACACACACACACACUCACACGCUUUCCCCCUCCCUCUCUCCUCCCUCCUCUCUGUCACCAACGUACACACACGGUCUUCUCAGACUGAACGUGAUCGUCUCACCAGCCAGGAUGACUGGAGGACUUAGGAUUGCAUAGGCUGCAGUGUUGGGAUAGAGUGUGUGUUUGUGUGUGUGUGUGUGUGUGUGUGUGUGUGUGUGUGUCUGUGUGUGUGUGUGUGUGCAUGUGUCUGGGCGGACUCUCGCUGUAAUGGUGCCCCAUGUGUGACUGUGCUGACCGCGACAGCCAUCCUGUCCACAGCGGAGACUUUCUCAGCAUGCAGAUGGUGUGAGCAGUCAGGGGAAAAGUUUGUAACAGCUCCUCUGAGCCUCAGCUAACUCAAUCCACUCUGCACACACUGAGUUAGUUCAAGAGAGAAGCAGCAGCAGCAGCAGCCGCAGCCGCAGCAGAAGCAGCAGCAGCAGCAGCAGCCGCAGCAGCUGAGCUGGAGUGCAACUUGAGCUCGUCUCAGCACAGGAUUUCUGUUGAUGUUGAAAGACUACCUGUCACUGGAUUGAAUACAAUAGUUGUGCAUUGCUACACGUCAGAGCUGUGAGAUUCAACAAGGCUGUUUAUUUGAAAGGUUAGAGUUGCUGUAAUGGACGACCAGUGUGUGUCCCACGGCAGUCCCCAGCGCAAUGGAGUUCAGCCCAGCACAGAGAUCCAGAGGCAGGGACGGUCGAGUGUCAUCAGGUGUGGGUGGCUCAGGAAGCAAGGAGGUUUUGUCAAGACUUGGCACAGUCGCUGGUUUGUUCUGCGAGGGGACCAGCUCUACUAUUACAAAGACGAGGAGGAGACCAAAGCUCUGGGAACCAUUUUCUUACCUGGAAACAAAGUUACAGAGCAUGCAACCAGCGGCGAUGAUGGGGGGAAAUUUCUCUUCGAAGUCAUUCCAGGGGGAGACAGAGAGCGGAUGACAGCCAACCAUGAGACCUACCUUCUUAUGGCUAACACCCAGAAUGACAUGGAGGAUUGGGUGAAGACGAUACGCAGGGUCAUCUGGGCUCCAUUUGGUGGAGGGAUCUUUGGUCAGAAGUUGGAGGAAACUGUGCGGUUUGAACGCCGGUUUGGGAACAAGCUGGCUCCUAUGCUGGUAGAGCAAUGUGUGGAUUUCAUUCGGCAGUGGGGCCUUCAGGAGGAGGGCCUAUUCAGGCUGCCAGGACAGGCCAACCUGGUCAAAGAGCUGCAGGAUGCCUUCGACUGUGGAGAAAAACCCUCCUUUGAUUGUAACACAGAUGUGCAUACAGUAGCCUCUCUACUAAAGCUGUAUCUCAGAGAGCUGCCGGAGCCUGUCAUCCCCUUCCACAAGUAUGAUGAGUUCCUGGCCAGUGCCAAGCUCCUCAGCAAAGAUGAUGAAAUGGUAAGAAACUGUACUGGAUGACUUUCUCUUAACCUAUUUCUAGCAAUGAAUUGGCUUUCACAAACUUUAUUCCUCUACAUAAAGUUUUUUAAAGGUCAAUUUAUAUAUCAGAAUUCAGCACUGAAAAGCUCUCACAUAUGUCCUGUUCUGUGGCGUUAAAGCCGGCCUCUUUCUGCCCGGUAAUCCAUUGCCGUGCUCUGCUGUUUCUCACACAAUGACUUUGCUGUGCCUGUCUUGACUUCUAACAUCUAAAUAUAAUUCUCUUUCUUUCUUUUUGUAAGGCUUGUAUCACAGCAGGGGACGAGUCUAGUGAUUCCUCACAGUGUCCAAAAC